UGAUGGGGAUGUCAAAGAGUUGCUUGAUUGUAGGGGCAGCUUCCUAUAUACUGCAGUGGGGAACGCUGGAGCAUUGACCGGUGGAGAGGAGGCGCUGCCUGCAAAGGUGUCAGGCUCAGAAAGAAAAUAUACUCAUACGCUUUGAACACACUGUCCAUGAUCAGAAUGGUUGAUUUCCUAGCAGAAAAUAAUCACUGUGGGCAGGCAAUUCUGCGGAUCGUCUCCCGUGGAAAUGCAAUUAUUGCCGAACUUUUGAGACUUUCAGAAUUUGUACCUGCUGUAUUCAGGCUAAAAGACAAAGCCGAUCAACAGAAGUAUGGAGAAAUUAUAUUUGAUUUUAGUUAUUUCAAGGGACCAGAGACUUGUGAGGGGAGAUUAGAAGCUAAACCAGAGCUUCAGGAUCUGGAUGAAGAAUUCCGUGAAAACAAUAUUGAAAUACUGACCAGAUUCUAUUUGGCUUUUGAAAGUGUGCACAAGUAUAUUGUUGAUUUAAACAGGUAUCUGGAAGAUCUUAAUGAAGGAAUUUAUAUUCAACAAACAUUAGAAACUGUGCUUCUUAAUGAAGAUGGGAAACAGCUUUUGUGUGAAGCUUUGUACCUGUACGGUGUCAUGUUGCUGGUCAUAGAUGAAAAGAUUGAAGGGGAGGUGCGCGAGAGAAUGCUGGUGUCAUAUUACCGCUACAGUGCAGCUAGAUCUUCUGCCGACUCCAACAUGGAUGAUAUCUGCAAGCUGUUGCGGAGCACUGGAUAUUCAAGCCAUCCCGGGGCCAAAAGACCUCCCAACUACCCUGAGAGUUAUUUCUGCCGAGUACCAAUCAAUGAAGCUUUCAUCAGUAUGGUGAUUGGGAGACUGCGGUCAGAUGACAUCUAUAACCAGGUAUCUGCAUAUCCUUUACCGGAGCACCGCAGCACUGCCCUAGCCACGCAAGCUGCCAUGCUGUACGUUAUCUUAUACUUCCAUCCUACAACGCUCCACACCCACCAGGCGAAGAUGAGAGAAAUAGUGGAUAAAUAUUUUCCUGAUAACUGGGUUAUCAGCAUUUACAUGGGAAUAACUGUCAAUCUGAUGGAAGCAUGGGACCCGUAUAAAGCUGCCAAGACUGCACUAAACUACACGCUAGAUCUUCCAAACAUUAAGGAGCAGGCAAGUAGGUAUGCAGCCAUGACUGAGCGCCUGCACCCGCAAGUUCAGCAGUUCCUUAAGGAGGGCUUCCUCAGCGAGGAGUUUGUGCUAGAUAAUAUCCCAAAGUUGCUGAACUGUCUGCGAGACUGCAACGUCAGCAUCCGAUGGCUAAUGCUCCACACCGCAGAUUCUGCUUAUGACCCAAACAACAAACGACUUCGCCAGGUGAAAGAGCAGAUUCUCACGGACUCUAAGUACAACUCGAAGAUCUUGUUCCAGCUACUACUAGACACAGCACAGUUUGAGUUCAUUCUUAAGGAGAUGUUCAAGCAGAUGUUGUCUGAAAAGCAAACAAAGUGGGAGAACUAUAAGAAGGAGGGGUCGGAACGGAUGACGGAACUUGCUGAUGUCUUCUCGGGGGUUAAACCUCUCACCAGGGUUGAGAAAAAUGAAAACCUGCAAGCCUGGUUCAGGGAGAUCUCCAAACAAAUCGAGUCCUUAAAUUAUGACGAUUCUACUGCAGCAGGAAGAAAAACUGUCCAGCUCAUUCAGGCUCUUGAAGAGGUUCAGGAGUUUCAUCAGCUGGAAAACAACCUUCAGGUUUGUCAGUUUCUUGCUGACACUCGCAAGUUUCUUCAUCAGAUGAUUCGGACCAUAAACAUCAAAGAGGAAGUUCUGAUCACCAUGCAGAUUGUGGGUGACCUGUCGUAUGCUUGGCAGCUGAUUGACAGUUUUACAUCUAUUAUGCAGGAGAGUAUAAGAGCCAGUCCCUUCAUGGUAACUAAGCUGAGAGCUACGUUCUUAAAGCUGGCAUCUGCCCUUGACUUGCCCUUGCUACGUAUCAAUCAAGCAAACAGCCCUGACUUACUCAGUGUAUCGCAGUAUUACUCAGGAGAGUUGGUUUCUUAUGUCAGGAAGGUUCUGCAGAUUAUCCCAGAGAGCAUGUUUACUUCCUUAGCUAAGAUUAUCAAGCUGCAGACACACAACAUUAUGGAAGUACCAACUCGCCUGGACAAAGAUAAACUUAGGGAUUAUGCGCAACUGGUAGCUAGAUAUGAGGUGGCCAAGCUGACGCACGCCAUUUCAAUUUUUACUGAAGGAAUUUUGAUGAUGAAGACCACACUAGUUGGCAUAAUCAAGGUAGAUCCAAAACAGCUAUUGGAAGAUGGUAUAAGGAAGGAGCUUGUUAAGAGAGUUGCUCUGGCACUUCACAAGGGACUUAUCUUCAACCCAAGAGCAAGGCCUAGUGAAUUGCUGCCAAAGUUAAAGGAAAUGGCAGCUACAAUGGAUGGAUUCCACCGCUCAUUUGAGUACAUUCAGGAUUAUGUUAGUAUCUAUGGAUUGAAAAUAUGGCAGGAGGAGGUGUCUCGUAUUGUCAACUAUAACGUGGAGCAGGAGUGCAACAACUUCCUUAGAUCCAAGAUUCAGGAUUGGCAGAGUAUGUACCAGUCCACUCAUAUUCCUAUCCCUAAGUUCCCUCCAGUCGAUGAAUCGGUCACAUUUAUUGGGCGACUGUGUCGAGAAAUUCUGAGAAUAACUGAUCCUAAAGUGACGUGUUAUGUGGACCAAAUGAACACGUGGUACGACAUGAGAACUCACCAGGAGGUCACCAAUAGCCACCUGUUCUCUGAGAUCCAGGAUUCACUUGGGACUUUUGGCUUGAACGGUCUGGACAGGUUACUCUGCUUCAUGAUUGUAAAGGAACUGCAGGCAUCUGACAAAAAACAUGAAGCGUCAAGAAAAUACACACAGUGUAUCUUUUUUAAUCUGUCUUUAAUAGUUGAAGUAGCCAGUGAUAUACACGAAGGAAGCACUUCUAUUGACACCCCCCAAGCAUUUGUUUUGCAAGGGCAGAGCAACAAUGAGCUGCUCCUAGGAAGUGCAUAG